GAAGCUGAGGCCCAGGGGAAAACCCUCAACCCGCUGCCAGCGGACUGGGGAGCAGGGUCUGGCCGCGGGUCCCCAGGCUCCCCUAAGGAGAGAGGGGAGGGCAGGGUCACCUGGAGCACCACUGAGAUGGUCUUCUCGCCUGCCUUGGCUGCCCGCCACUUCCGACCCGGAGAUACAGCCCGAGGCGGGUAGGAGCUGGAGACAGCGCGAACAAAGAACAGGGAGUGUGAGCCAAGCCCAUGAAGAAGGGAAGGGAGACGAGGCUCCUGUGCCCCCGCAGAACAGAACGAGCCUGGACGUGCUGGGCGCUCCCAGGGUGAAGGUGGGUCCGGACCCGCCCAUCCUGGGCUUCCUAUAAGUACCGGGAACCUGGGGCUGCCGGGUCACACACCAUGAGGCCGUCCAGGACACCGAGCGCCUUCCUGCUGGCCUUCACGCUGCUCGGCACCCUGCUGGGUCUCGGGCGCCCGCUGAGCUGCGAGGUGUGCCGGGGCUCCGGGCCCACGUGCAGCGGGAAGAUGAAGACCUGCGAGGCCGGCAAGGACGCCUGCGUGGCCAUCGUGGGGGAGUCGAGCACCAAGGGCCACCACUCAGUGAACAGCUACAAGGCCUGCAUGAAGUUCAGCGACUGCUACUCGGGUUUCGUGUCCACCACCAUGGGCCCCAAGGACUACAUGGUGUCCAACACGCACUGCUGCCAGAGUGAUGGCUGCAAUCGCGGCUCGGUGCCCCCUCCCGAGAACAACCGUACCGAGAAUGGCCUCCAGUGUCCCGCCUGCAUCGUGCCCUUCCAGGAGACAUGCCCGGGGACCCAGGCAGCCCGCUGUGUUGGCCCGGAAACCCACUGCAUCUACUUCGCUGGCAGAGUGCAGGCUGGUAUCAUCAACACCAGGUUUGCCACUCGAGGCUGUGCCACAGAGAGCGCCUGCAACACCAAGCCUGGAGCUGAGGUGCCCUCGGCCUCCUAUCUCUACUUCCUCCGCCGAGCAGACUGCCUGCCAGCCCCGCAGCCCCCUGGCAGGGGCGAGUGAAGAACCGAGGAACGUGUGGCUUGAAGUCCCCAUUUGUCUCAGCCUGCAGCUCCCUGGGUGCCUAUAAUUAAACAGAUUA